AUGACCACUAGGAAAGGGCAAGAUAAUAAACAGCCCAUGAAAAGAGAAAGAAAGUUAGAAUGCAAGUCAGUUAGAAGGCUCUCUUCGUCAGUUCCGCCGCAAAUACAGAAAUUGGAAUUAAAUCAACAACAAAAUAUAUCAGAUUCCUCCUCUCAAUCAUUUAAAGAAGUAGAACAUCUUUCUCCAAAGGGCAUAUCCUCAAACUUAAGUCCAAGAGAAUAUAACACGGAUGAAUUACAUAUUUAUCUUGAGUCCUGUUUUGAACGGCAACUUGAGAAAAUUAAAAAGGAGAUACAUGACGGCCUGCUGGAAUUCAAAUUGGAGCUAUCACAGAUGGAAAAAAAACUCAAGCA